GUAGUUACUCACUGACCCUUGAAACCUCAUUCAUCAUGGGCUGCAUGCCUACCAAGCUAGACGUUCAUGGGAGUUUGUUCCUUUAUUCUGUUGGCUUUAUGCUAAUCAGCGUAAUUAAUUAGUAAGUCGGUCAUAACGCUUCCCGUACAGUAUAAUAACAGGACCUAUUUACCCGUAAUACCAAGUGGGAACAUUUCUAACUUGAAAGAGACUUUCCUGCAUGGUGGACUGGGAACCAACGUCUCGUGUUAUGGGAGAGACACGGAGGUCAGACGAGCGGUGGGUUGUCAACAACAAUGUCGAAGUAAAAAGAGCCUGCAGCCGUUGUGACAGCUGUUUGUUGAUAUUGUAGCACUGACACAACAUACAUUUUUAUCAUGCCUGGUAAGCUGAAAGCCAAAAUUGUGGCAGGGCGUCACUUGCCUGUGAUGGACAGAGCCAGUGACCUCACUGAUGCAUUUGUAGAGGUUAAGUUUGGAAACACAACCUUCAAAACAGAUGUCUAUCACAAAUCCCUCAAUCCACAGUGGAACUCAGAAUGGUUCAAAUUUGAGGUUGAUGAUGAGGACUUGCAGGAUGAACCACUGCAGGUCACAGUGUUGGACCAUGACACUUACAGCGCUAACGAUGCCAUAGGGAAGGUUUACAUUGACAUUGACCCACUACUGUGCAGUGAGGCUGCCUCUGACAUCUCUGGCUGGUUUCCUAUCUAUGAUACCAUCCACGGUAUCCGAGGGGAGAUCAAUAUCCUUGUCAAAGUGGAGCUCUUCAAUGAUUUAAACCGCUUCAGACAGUCUUCCUGUGGGGUCAAGUUCUUUUGCACCACAUCCAUUCCACAAUGCUAUCGGGCAGUGAUGGUGCAUGGGUUUGUGGAGGAACUUGUGGUGAACGAAGAUCCGGAGUACCAGUGGAUUGACCGAAUUAGAACUCCCCGGGCCUCCAAUGAGGCCCGGCAGAGGCUCAUUUCUCUUAUGUCUGGAGAGCUGCAGAGGAAAAUAGGGCUUAAGGUACUGGAAAUGGGCGGGAAUGCAGUGGUGGGCUACUUGCAGUGUUUUGAUCUGGAGGGAGAGUCGGGUCUGGUGGUCCGGGCAAUAGGUACCGCCUGCACAUUGGACAAACUCAGCUGUGGAAGUGCCCCCAGUACCAGCACACAUAUGCACCCUAACACAGCACCUGCUUCCAAUGCCUGCAGUUCCCCUUCUAAGGAUGGAAAAGAGCCGUUAUUUGGUGAGGACCUGCCCUCGUCCUCUGGCCCGCCUACCCCUUUCAGAGCCCUUCCCACCUCCUCCUCCUCUCCUCCCCCUUUCUCUCCCUUCAAGCCAUGCAGCCGCCAGUCCUCAUCAUCAGACACAGACCUCAGUUUGACGCCCAAGACGGGAAUGGGCAGUGGGGGCAGUGGUGGGAAGGAGGCAGGGCCUUUGAAGACCCUGCUCAGACAACAGACACAGACAGCUCUCGAGCAGAGGGGAGCGUCCUCUGGUUUAUUGUUAAACGUCAGGGAGUUUCCCUUCUUUACUUUGACAUCUUUCCCUCCUGGCUUUCUGGUUCAUGUCGGUGGAGUGGUCAGUGCACGUUCUGUCAAACUGCUAGACCGCAUACACAACCCUGCCUUGGGUAACACGCGCUCGUACAAACUGCUAGACUGGAAUAGUGUCACUGCAGAUGAACCAGAGACUCGUGAUGCCUGGUGGGAGGAGAUUCGCCAGGAGAUCAAAUCUCACGCCAAAGCGCUUGGUUGCCAUGCUGUUGUGGGAUAUAAUGAGAGCACUAGCAUCUGCGAGGAGGUGUGUAUCCUGUCAGCGUCAGGCACAGCAGCCAUCCUCAAUGCUCGGUACAUGCGUGAAGGCUGUCUUGACAUCGGAAGCACAGAUCACAGGUUUGAGGAGCCAUCUCCCCCAAGCUGUGGCUUCUGUCACAUCCCAUAUGAUGAGUUCAACAUGCCGUUUCCUGCUCAGCUCACCUACUGUUGCCACUGCAGACGACAGAAGGUUCCUGAUGUGUUAUUCACAACAAUUGAUCUGCCACCAGAUGCGGCUGUCACAGGGAAGGGUUGCCUCAUCCAGGCCAGACUGUGUCGUCUAAAGAAGAAAGCUCAGGGUGAAGUGAAUGCGACAGCCAUCUCCAACCUGUUGCCUUUCAUGGAAUAUGAGCUGCACACUCAGCUAAUGAACAAACUGAAGCUGCGGAGCAUGAACGCACUGUUUGGUCUACACAUACAGAUCAGUGUUGGCGAGAACAUGCUCCUGGGUUUGGCUUCUGCUACAGGCGUAUACUUGACUGCUCUGCCUGCACCAGGGGGCAUUCAGAUCGCAGGGAAGAGUCCAGGUGACCUGAGUAAUGAGCACCACAUCCUCACCAUCCAGAAGAGAAUCACUGACACCAUAGCCAAGAACAAAGAGCUCUAUCAAAUAAACACUCCGAAAUUAUUUACCCUGGACCCUGAGGUGAACGGCGGCAUAAACAUGGUACUGAGCAUGGAGCUGACAGAAGAAGUGGUGGGUUCUCCGAUCCCUGAGUCGAGGCAACGAACCAGACUUUUUCGCUCACACUCCGAGAGCUCAGAUGAACUGUCAGAACUGGACCUCUCCCAUGGCAAGAAGGAUGCCUUUGUCCUGGAGAUGGAUGACACUGAUGCUGUGGAGAACAUCCAUUUCCUCCUCACUGAUGCCUCUCCCCCUACAGGUUUCUACAGCUGCAACACUGAGAUCAUGCCUGGGAUUUACAACUGGACUUCAGGAGUACAGAUGUUUACAUCGGUGAGGGUGUUGAGGUUGAGUAAUGCUAAUCUCACCAACCAAGGGUUGAACAAGAUCUUCACUGACCUAUGUGAAAAUCUGCUAAAGAGUUUUUACUUCAAGUUGCGCUCUAUGAUCCCCUGCUGUCUUUGUCAUCUAAAAUUCACUGUAGCGGUGCCAGAAGAAGAACUCAUACAGGUUACAGUGACAGCAGUUUCUAUGACAUUUGACAAGAACCAGAUUCAAGAGAAGCUCACAGACAAGCCCAUCACCAAAGGGUCCAGUGAGACUGAAGAGCAGCUGCAGUUUCCCUUGGAGUUGAGUGCAGACUUGUCAUCCACCAGCACUCAGCCAUCAUCCAAAAUCUCAGGUGUCCCAGAGAAUACCAGUGUCUCACCCAGAGCUGCCUCCGUUGAUUACGGUUCCUUUGCAGACAGAUGCAGCACCUGGCUAGAGCUGCUUAGGCUGAAAGCUCACACCAUAAGACGAGGAUCAGUUAAGACAAUCUCAUCUUUGGAACGUUGCAGUCCACUGCCUGAGGGACGUUCCCGCUCGCUGCGCUCCAGUCGCUCAUCUGGGGGCAGUUCAGUCACAGUAGUGAGGAUGACACCUCUGUCCUUCCUCCCUGGGACAAAUAUCAUUAAAUACCUUGGGAUCAUCAACAUGUUUUUUAUCAGAGAGACAACAUCAUUACGGGAGGAAGGUGGCGUUAGUGGCUUCCUUCAUGCAUUCAUAGCAGAGGUGUUUGCAAUGGUUCGUGCUCAUGUAGCAGCUCUCGGUGGCAACGCACUGGCUCAGUGUCUCAUUAAUGUGAGCGGUGAUGCUGUCAUCUGUGUCAGGGAAACAGACCAGGAGCCCACGUCCUCAACGACGAACAUCGGACAGACUUGUAGUAGUGGAGCCGAUGGGGCUACAUGA